CGAUGGACCUAUGACCAAGAAAGUAUGAACCUACUGUCGUGAUCGUGGGACGGGUCUGCAUCCUGAUCGCAUCUAGACUGUCGUGAUCGUUGAGUAGCAAUGGUUUGACAAUUCGCUAUCGCAAUCGCAUGUUGAAACAUCGUCGUGGUUUGGUGAAGUCUCCACAACGAGCUCUAAAGCCAAUCUACAGGUCCCACAAGCACCUCCAAAUGACUGAAUUCAGAACAAUACCUUGGCUAUCGCUUUUGAAUGUGAUUGCCGAUAGACACAGACACCGCAGCUUGAAAUUAGUACCAUAAAGUUCUUAAAAAGCGUUUUUUGUUUGAAGAAAGCGGUUACUACGUACGUGAUUCAACUGCAUUAUUGCACCAGAAACACGCACCCCUUUUCCUUUUGAAACUGCUCUUUCUCUAUCCAUUUCUUUCGUCUCGUUUCGCGCGAUAAGCAUACAGACAAGAUGCCGACCCCGUUAUUGUAAGGAAAAAUCCCCCCUCCCCAUAUCGAAAACGAAAUUUCUGAUGCUGUAUUUGAGGUCACAAAUCGACUUGUAAUGCUAGAAGGCCAAGAGCCGCAGUCGUGGCCUCGUUUGCAGGCAAUUUGUCGUGCUGUUUCCCGCUCUCAGCUGCCUCCUAUCAUGCUGAAGAUGCAAGGCUUGACCACGGCGCCCAGCACUACAGUCCGCAUCUUUUCCCGUGUAGCAUGACAAAGCUGAUUUGUGACAACAAAUCUGCAUCACAGAUUUCCGUUUUGAUAUGGGGAGGGGGGAUUUUUCCUUUUGAUACCCGUACUUCAAGUUCACCCGGUUUUGGCAGACCAUCGACCCGGUCAUUGCCAAUGUGCAAAUUCCAAAAGAGGUGCGGAUCGAAAACCGACGACUCGGUACGCUGUACCUGUUUUUGAUGCUCGGAGCCAGCACCUGGGUGCUGUACAAUUUCAUCUAUUCCAAAGCAUGGAACAUGGAAGAAACCCCGGUGCCGGGUAUCAUCGAGCUCUGGUCACAGUUGCCCUCAAACCUCACGGGGAACUCCGCAAAUGAAAAGCACUGCGCCGACAUGAACUACUACGCUUAUGAUUGGUCGUCCACCUGGACCUACCGGGCAGAAAAGUGCAUGAUUUUGCCGCCCGGCGAAAACGUGCACAAGAUGGGCAACAAAAUGUACAUCCCCACCUACGUCCAGGACAGCUAUCAGGUUCCAAAUGAAUGUUGUUUCUUGCUCAUUCUCAUUUUUCACUAAAAGAUAGAUGUGUUGGGCAGGCAUCUGAUGUGAUUCUAUUCUAGUAGCCUACAAGGACCUGCAUGGCUUCGAUUAAAGGAUUUCUUUUUGAAAGCUUGUGAGAGCGCAAACCUAACUACUGCACACGACAGGUCGGUGGCUCAACGAAUUGGACCUUGAAUUAUUUUGCGCAAAACGUCGAUGAGAUGUUUAUUUACUUCAACCACGGUUACGAAGUGCACGACAAGGAUGAAGUGAACCGCGGGCGGGACAAGUUCCAGGCGACGAAGGGAAUCGUCGGGGAGCAGGCCGAAACGAUUCACGGCGAGAAGGGGCAGCUGCUGACGAUAAUCCAGGACGAGGGUGGGAAGCGGGAGUGUAUCGUUUCCGGGAAAUCGCAUUGGUACCCGAAGGACACGAAGAACGGGAUUAACGGGAAGCUCAGGGAGUGGCUGGCCUGCGGCGGCGUUUCCCUGGACAGCGUCAACAACGACGUGAAAAGCGGGUCACCGGAAGAAACGGGAAUCCCGACAUUUCGGAUGUCCGGCUUGAAGCUGCACUUCGAUUUGACCUACCACAACACGUACGGCGGUUCGUGGGAGACGCACCGCGAGAAGGACUGGGAGGGGGUCGUCUGCUACAUCCGGGUGCGCGUCGGCCCCAUGUGGAACAGCAACCAGUACGCUAGCCACACCGUCGUGUACAAUGGCGUGUACCCGAACACCAACGACCCGGCAAAAGCCGACCCGCAGUCCGCUUACCGCUACCGCUACCAAUACGGUGUGGGUUUGGAAAUUCAAGCCGCCGGGGCGUUUGCCUUCCUGGACUACCAGGCGCUCAUCACCGGGUUGGUCAACGCACUCGUGCUGCUGGCGUUGCCGACCUUGGUCGUGAAGUUCGUCGCCUUGUAUCUCGUCGGUCCGUCUUCCACGGUGUACGCCAAUGUGCAACGGGAGCCGCUGGACUUCAACACGGCCAUUUACGGGUCCUGCGCGCGGAAAAUCAUCGCCAUGCAGACGUUCAAACAGUUGCUGCAGCAGCACGGCGCGACGGAGGAGGGUUUGACCAAGGAGCACUUGCGCAACAUGCUGCUGAAGGCCAUGCACCAGUGCGUGGUCGACGGCAAACUGGACGAGGAGGCCAUCGGGUUGAUCGCCGAGGCGAUGUUGCAGGGCAUGGAUCAAGACGGGGACGCGCUGAUAGAGCUGAACGAGUUUGUCGAGACCUGCAGCGUUGGGGAAAACGUCACCUCGACGGAAAUGGGCCGACUGUUUGACCGCAAGCGGCAGCCGGGUUAUCUCGAAAGUCUGUUAACCGACUCGAAAAUGAAGGCCAUGCUGGCCCACGCGCAGGGGAAGGGGGCCGGGGAGAGCAUUUACGCCAAAAAGAAGCGGUCGUCUAGAAGUCGGGGCAGCUCGCCGGGGGGUGGUUCUGCUCGGAGCAGCAGCCCACCGGCGGCGGGGAAGGCGGCGAUUCUGGCGGAGGGCGAGGAGGCACUGCGGGCAACGGCGGUACCGUACCCCUCAGAAGGCUUCGAUACGGCACACGAACUUGAAUUCGCAGAUGUCGUGUCUUCAAGGGGCUGAAGACGAACAAGUUGUUUUUCUGUACUUCGUCGAGUUGAUUUGGUAGAUUUCAGAAUGGAGACAGGAACUCAAAGUAAAGAGCGAUACGAUAGUAAAUUACUUCCGGACCACCCUCUCGUGUAGAAAUUGGAGUUUGAAUUCGAGCAGUGUCACUAUGCCGAAAGAAGUACAAAAUUGAUUACAAGAUUGUUGAUAUUUCAUUGUACAGAAAAGUAGCAGCCACAGCACUUUUUGUUUCUUGCGAAGAUUUUCUUCUGACGACAACGAAUAUGUAAAUAAAUCGGACACUUGAUGCGAUGAAAGGUAAGGUUUUCCAGCUCCUGCUUAGAUAGAAGUUGAGCACACUAGUCACCGUGGGGUGAACGAUGAGUUUGUGCAAGUGACAGUGUUUCCUGAAAUGCUCGGCCGU